GUUCCCGUCCGAGAUGGAGGGGAUGGUGCGCGGCUUCGUCGUCGGGACGUCCAGGCCCGAGAUGGACGGGAGGGAGGGUUCCCCGGCUGUUUUAGCUUCUUCGGCGGCAUCAGGCACCGCCGGCGGCGAGCCAUGGUCGCACCUCGACCCGCAGAUGAUCCUUCUUCUCGCUGGAGCGCUUCUUCCCCACCCCCUCCCGCGGCCCCUGCCGCCGGUCAAGACCCCGCGGCGGAUGAAGCCGUCGCUGCGGGGCUGCCGGGAGAUCUGGGAUCCUUGAUUGCUUCUAUGCUACCCUCAGCGUACGACCGAGGAGCACUGGAGGGCGUGUCUAGCUGCUGGCGCGCCGCCGUCAGGGAUUGCCCGGUACGGCCACUGCCCCUGAUCCUGAGCGCUGAUUUGCGUUUGACUGAUUGUUUCGGCGAGGGCAACACCACCAGGAGUAUGCAUCCUAGACUCUCUCAGUCUUCGUCUGAUACAGCUACGGCACUCGGCUCUCUGAAGAAUUGGGUCAUUCUGGGGUUCGAACCAAAAUGGAAUCCUGCGGGGGAUUUGAUCGUCAGUCACCGCAAGUGUGUUCUUUUCCAGCCACUCAAAGGCAACUUACGUUAUCUUCCUGAUCCUUCGGCAUCUGUGAAGGAUGGUCUGUCAGGAACCUGCAGGAUCACACAAGCUGAAGGCAUUCUAUUGUAUAGUCAGCCAGCUACUGAGUCAGGCAUGUUUCUGCAGAAGAUUGUUCUUAGUGACUCAUGCCUGGGGCCAGACUUCAGAGUGGCAGGAUUGGCAGCUUCCAGGGGCUCCCAUCACCUGGCCUUGUGCACAGCAGGUAUGGAUGCUUGGUGCGUGUGCACUGCGCCAUUCCUCACUCUUGGCUCCGACUUAGAAUUCAUGCAUGACAAGCUCUACAUCCUUGGCGGCCAUCAGGAGGACUUGUACCAGAUUGAGUUUGGGGCAGAAAUGGUCUGGUUCCCACAUGUAUGUGCGGCAAGAAGAUGCGUGACGAUGCACCUGCCUCAGGACGGCACGCACGAGCAGAGGAAUCUUGUCUGGUCGCGCAACGAUCUCCUCUUGGUCGUCAGAAGCUUCAACGAGAACUGGGAUCAGCUUGUCACUGUCAGCGUUUUCAAGUUGAACGUGCACAACUGGACAUGGACACAGGUGCAUGCCCUACAUGGACAGAGUCUGCUCAUCAGCAUGUCGAGCAGCGUGGCUAUAGAUUUUUCAGCCUACCAUGAGGUGGAGUACCGCAGGCUUGCCGAGCGCAUUUAUUUUCUGGAUCAGUUCUGCCCCGGGUUCCUGCCAGGGAGAGAUGAUCACUUCAGCUAUCGAGCUCAGUUCUAUGAUAUGCUCGAAGGACAGGUGACGGAGCUUCUGAUUGGGGCGCAGCCAGCCUCCCGGCGGCCAGGUUUCCCGAUGUGGUUCUCUCCUACGGAAUAGGAGAAGACCGGCUCUGUUUCUGCUUUUGCAGCUGCAGCAGUUGACAUUCUUUCAUCAAGGCUCUGCCUUGGCACUGCUCCUGCAGUUGUAAUAACAAUUGUCAUUCGUUCCUUCCUUGAGUAGUAGUAGUAGUAACAACAAUUGUGAUUCACAUUCUAUCAUCAAGGCUCUGUUGCCUUGACAUUCUUUCGGUAGUAGUGACAACUGUCGUUCUUCCGCUGGUAGUAACAAUUGUCAUCCAUUCCUUCAGUAGUAGUAGUAAUAACUAUUGUGAUUCACAUUCUAUCAUCAAGGCUCUGUUGCCUUGACAUUC